UUUAUUAAAAACCAUUUUGAAUCACGUAAAGCCUAAAGGCCCAAUAGAUGUUAAUCAAAAGCCCAUAAUAAGCAAGGAAGAUUAAAAAGGCAUCUUUUUUCUCUUCUGAGUCGGCCUCCGAGUUAUAAUCAUCCCGAGUCACCAAGAACUUCAAGAAAACUCGCCGCCAUGGGAGGAUCACACAAGAACCUCAUCUUCGUGUACGGAACGUUAAAAAGAAACCAUCGAAACCAUUUCCUUUUAGAAGAUCUGAUCUCAACAAACGACGCCGUUUACAUCGGCCAACGCACGACCCGGUUACAGUACCCGCUCGUUACGGGUCUCUACGGGAUUCCUUACUUAAUCAACAAAUCCGGGUCGGGUCAAAAGAUCCGAGGUGAGCUUUAUUCGGUUUCAAAACAUGGGCUUGUACGUCUUGAUGAAUUGGAAGGGAUCAGAGUGAAUCACUACGAGAGAUUACCAAUUGAAGUUAUUGAUGAAGAUGAAGAAGAAGAACCAAACGGCGUCGUUUUGGCUGAGGCUUAUUUUGCUCAUUGUGGAUUUGGUGAGAGAUUGUGGGAGAAGAAAGGUGAAGUGUUUCGACUAUUUUACAUGACAUGUGUCAGAAUCUGUGUUUACAAUUAGAGAUUGAUGAAGAGUGAGUGGUGCAGUAACAUAUUACUGUUUAUGAAGUGGUGGUAGGAGAAGAAGUAGGCAAAGUGAUUCUUUUUCCAUAGAUCCAAUCUUUCUUUUUUUUGGAGGGUGUCAUGUGUGAGUGAAACCAAAUUUCUACUAGUGGACUUUUUGUUGUUGUUGUCAGACUAUGUGAUCUCCAUUGUCAGUGAGGGACCAAUCGCUUUGUCCUAGAAUUAUUGCAAUCUCGAUAAGACUCUUAUGUACAAAA